AUGACUGAUUCGACAAUAUCAGCGGAUGUCCCACAAAUUUCCCAAGUCGAUAUGAUUAGUGCAACAAGUAAAUUACAACUUGAAGCAGCCGAUGUUCGAAAUAACAGACCAAAUUGGAAUUCCUACUUAAGGAGCCAAAUGAUUUCCCAGGAAGAUUAUGAUUUUAUAAUGGCAUAUGAAGCAACAAAAACUAAGCAAGAUCGUGAUGCCCUCCUGGAGAAUAAUAAGAUGGAAUGUGCACGAACAAUGAUCAAUUUUAUUACAACUGUUGCCAAAGAUCAAAAUGUUCGUUAUGUACUAACAUUACUGGAUGAUAUGAUUAUGGAAGAUAAAUCACGUGUAGAAAUAUUUCACAGCUAUGCCCGAAAAAAUAAGCGUACGCUGUGGUCAUGGUUUCUGGGUAUCUUACAACGUCAAGAUCCAUUCACUGUAAAUCAGAUGUCAUCGGUUUUGGCAAAAUUUGCAUGUUUUGGUACAACACUUAUGGAGGGUUCUGAUUUGAACUUCUACAUUUCAUUUCUAAAGGAUCAACUGAAGUCUGCUGGAAAUGAGUAUAUUAAUACAACGGCACGUUGUUUGCAGAUGAUGCUUCGGAUUGAUGAGUAUCGUCAUGCAUUUUUAGCAAUGGAUGGUAUUAGAAGUAUUUUAUCAGUGUUGAGUGGCAAAACUAAUUUCCAACUCCAGUAUCAACUCAUAUUCUCCUUGUGGUGUCUUACAUUCAAUCCAGCCAUAGCUGAAAAAUUCCCGCAUUGCGGUGCUAUUCAAAUUCUUGGUGAUAUUCUCUCGGAAUCAACCAAGGAAAAGGUAAUUCGGAUAAUCUUGGGAACGUUUCGGAACAUUCUCGAGAAGGUCGAUGAUCGUGAUCUCGAGCGAGAAACAGCCUUACAGAUGGUACAAUGUAAGACUCUGAAAACGCUUGAGCUAAUGGACUCUAAGAAAUUUGAUGACGCCGAGUUGGACGAUGAUGUUGAAUUCCUCAGUCAAAAGUUGCAUUCGUCGGUCCAAGACUUUUCUUCGUUUGACGAGUAUGUAUCGGAGGUGAAAUCAGGUCGGCUGCAGUGGAGUCCGGUCCAUAAAUCAGAGAAGUUCUGGAGAGAAAAUGCACAGAAAUUCAAUGAAAAAGAUUUUGAACUUUUGCGGAUUUUGAUCAAGAUUUUGGAACUACAGUCAGACACGUUAGCUCUUUGCGUAGCAGUUCAUGAUAUUGGAGAAUAUGUGAGACAUUAUCCGAGGGGCAAAAACAAAAUUGAACAGUUGCAAGGUAAGCAAGCAGUGAUGAAGUUACUUACGGCAGGCGAUCCAAACGUACGAUACCAUUCAUUGCUUGCAAUCCAGAAGUUAAUGGUGCAUAACUGGGAAUAUCUUGGUAAACAGUUGGAUGCUGACAACGCGACUACUACAGCUGAAUAG